GUCUCAAAUCCUAGUGAGCUGCCUAUCUAGACAGCAUGUUUAAACAUCAUAGGCGCACGUGACAUUUUUAAGAAUCACAUUCACGCGCAGAAUUUUUUGAGCAUCAUAGUCGCGUUCCCUGCUGCAUGCUGCACCUGUCCGUAACGGCCAAAGGUAGGAAAGUAAGCUGUAGGAAGUUCACUAGAUCUUGAGACACAACCAUACAUGCUGAUGAGAAUGAUGAUGACGCCUCUAGUGACGCUUUGAAUUCGCAUUCUCACGCACCGCACGACAUCUAACAUUUACGAUGAAGGCUGUUGUGAUAGCUGUGACAGUUCUCUUUCACUGUAUACAAGGGCAGGAACCACUUUGUCAAUCUCAACCUUCAUGUUCUGAAUGCAUAAGGAGUCCUGGAUGUGCGUGGUGCACACAGACGGACUUUUUGAAAUCAGGUGAGUCUAAUGAACGACGCUGUGAUUCUCCCGAGUCUCUGAAGGCCAGGAGUUGUAAAGAGGAUCAUGUGAUCAAUCCUGUAAAACAUCCCUUGACCAAUGUGAAGAACAGUAAGCUCAGCAACGACUCUGAUAAUGUGGUCCAGCUGAAACCUCAGAAUAUCAACAUUACACUCAGAGUUGGAGUUCCAUUUGAAUUCACAAUUGAGUUUAGGAGGGCUCAGGGUUACCCUAUAGAUCUGUACUACCUGAUGGAUCUGAGCUAUUCCAUGAAAGAUGAUCUGGAGCAAAUUAAAACUCUGGGGCAGAAAAUCCUCAAGAAGCUGAAGGAAAUCACAAGCACUGUCCGGAUUGGUUUUGGGUCUUUUGUUGAUAAGGAGAUGUUGCCAUAUGUCAGUCAGGUGAAGGCAAGACGUCAGAACCCCUGCCCUAAUCGUAUAGAUACCUGCCAACCUGCUUUCACUUUUCAGAAUGUCCUGCCGCUGACUAGUGAUGCUAAGGAGUUUGAACGAGAAGUUAGCAAACAGAACAUUUCUGGUAACCUGGACUCUCCUGAGGCUGGUCUGGAUGCCAUAAUGCAGGCAGCAGUCUGUAAGGAGAAAAUCCAAUGGCAUGAUGUGACACGGAUUUUGGUUUACACAUCUGAUGAUACUUUCCACAUGGCAGGAGAUGGACGAUUAGGUGGUGUCUUUCAGCCACAUAAUGGACAGUGUCAUCUUAAUGAUAACGGUUCCUAUAAUGGAAGAGCCUAUGAUUACCCAUCAGUGGGCCAUGUAUCUAAAGUUCUGCAGGAUAACAAUAUACAGCUCAUAUUUGCUGUGACUGAGGACAUCUAUCCAGCAUAUAAGGCAUUGAGUGCAUUGAUUCCUCAGUCAGUGGUUGGUGUAUUAAAGAAAGACUCUAGUAAUGUUGUUGAUCUCAUCUCUGAUGCCUAUAGGAAUUUGUCAUCCACGCUGGUGUUAGAGCAGGAGGGAGCUCCAAAAGAACUGGACGUGUCCUACAGGUCUGCAUGUAAAGGGGAUCAGAGCGAUACUGAAUGGAAGGCGAAAGGAGAAUGUCAAGACAUCAAGCAUGAGAAGAUUACGUUCCGAGUACGUUUGAACGCAUCUGCAUGUCUGAAGGAGCCACAGACAUUUCGGAUCAAAAUGCAAGGUAUCAGUGAGGAAGUGAAGAUCACAGUGCAUACAGAGUGUCACUGUGACUGUGGUGCUCCAGAGAAGGCUUCCAGUCACUGUAACGGUACAGGAACGCUCUCAUGCGGCGUGUGCAGCUGUGACGAAGGGUAUUUGGGUCAGCAGUGCGAGUGUGUGCAACAGAGUGAUGCAGACUCUACCUUCAAAAUGCUGGCGUCCUGUCAGCCUGACAACAGCUCGCUGGUGUGCAGUGGGCAUGGCAUCUGUCAGUGUGGCAAGUGUGUGUGUCAAGGCCACUACAGUGGUGAUUACUGCCAGUGUGAUGCCAAUAGUUGUGAACGCAAUAAUGGAAAGCUCUGUAAUGACAAAGGAAUAUGCGACUGUGGACAAUGUAUAUGUAAAGAAAACUACACAGGGCCUGGUUGCCAGUGCUCGCCUAGCCAGGACAAGUGUAUGAAUGACAAGGGGCUUUGCAGCGGUCAAGGCAAAUGCAUUUGCAACAAUUGUGUGUGUAACAAAGGCUUCAUGGAUCAUGACUGCUCUACAUUAAUCAGCGCUUGCUCGGAGUUCAAGGAGUGUGUGGAAUGUCAUGUGGAAGCUGGUACUUCUGAUGCCACUAAUUGUGCUGCGAAGUGUUUGGAUGCUAAAAUAUCUCGUCUUGAUGGCACUCAUGAGCUGGAUUGCACAUAUAAAGAUGCCGUUUCGUACAAAGUGGAACUUGGUGCUAACGGCAUAAUUAUACUUCAAUAUGCGGACCUGCCUCGUUCCAUUGACAAGACUACAGUUAUAAUUGGCAGCUCUGUGUCAGGCAUCAUUUUAAUUGGCAUUAUAAUAAUCAUUAUAUACCGUGUCUUGCUGGAACUGUAUGACAUUAGAGAAUAUCAGAACUUUGUCAGAGCACAGAAACAGACUGAAUGGAAAGAGGUCCAGAAUCCUCUUUUCAAAGGUGCCACAACAACGGUGCUUAACCCUUUGCAUAUGCAAAACGACGAGAAUGCAAAGCAACAUUCUGAGAUUAUUUAACAUUCUGAGAGAGGAUCUCUCAAAGUUUGCUAUUGUAAUAUCUUGUUUUAUUUUUUCCCCAUGCUUUCGAUUGUACGUCACCUCUUUAAAUGUAUAUUCUAAGCUAGCAAUAAAAACAUUGCAAUAUAGGAGAACAGGACUGUUAUAAAUAUGGUAAUGUAUUUUAUGCAUAUUAAUAUGUAUGUUGAACACAAAGCCUUGAGUUUCUCUUUCUCUUAUGAUUAAAUUGAACUGUUCAGCUUGUUGUGUAACUGAACAACUCUAUCUAAGAGAACUUGGACUUUUAAGCUGGGAAAUCCUUAUAGUCCAUAUAAAGCAACUAAAGCAACUUUACAGUUUACAUUAUAGUUUACUUUGUAUGAUGGCUUCAAAAUGUAUGUUUGAGGUAUGACUUUGUGUUAUUUAUGUUGUUGAAGAAAACAUGAAAGUUAACCAGAAUUUAUCUUACUCACGAAUGCAAAAUAACUUUUCAGUAUAUAGAAUAUAGAGGAAAUUCCCAUUCCAGAGGGAAUAUGAUGAUGAAUUAGUCAUACAUAUCGGCCUACAGUUCAUGUCUGAUUAGCUUUACUGCAAAACGUUUAAUAGUGUUAUUUUUGUAUUUUACUUGAUCUGGGUAAUAAUAAUAAAGAUACCAUUAAAAAAGAGCAAAACAAA